AUGCCUAUCAAGAUCGAUGGAAGUCCAUUACGGAGAGCUCUACAGGGUGGGCGGUACGCCUUAGGAGUGCAAAUGGUUAUGCCAUCCGCUCAUGUAGCUCGUGUGGUGGCAGGUGUUCCCGGUCUGACUUACGUGAUGAUCGACCUGGAACACGGCGGUCUUUCUGAUACGGAGAUGCACACCGCCAUACAAGCAAUCGCGCCUUUUGGCGUAUCCCCGAUCGUCAGACUACCGUCAGGCGAGCCAUGGCUCAUCAAAAGAGCUCUUGAUGCAGGGGCUCAUGGUAUCUUCGUUCCAAUGGUGUCGACAGCUGAUGAAGCUGCCGCCAUCGCAAGUGCGGCGCGUUUCCCCCCUGAAGGCACCCGCGGAUUCGGUUCGACGUACUCGCGUGACGCUUUUGGCUGGGCCUCAGAUGAGGAGUACCGGCGCAAGGCAAACAAAGAGAUCAUUGUGGGAGUCAUGAUUGAGACGCGACAAGGGUUUGAGAAUUUCGAGGCUAUCAUCAACACUGCAGGAAUUGAUGUCAUUUCAACGGGCGAGACAGACUUAUGCCUCAGCAUGGGAUACGAACUUACACCCAACAAUCCUCCAAGUGAGGUUGCCGAUGCGAUACGUCAAAUAUCUGCCGCGGCCAAAAUGGCAAACAAAUGGCAAGGCGGGAGAAUACGGCCUUCUACUGGCGGAGUGAAGGACAUGAUGGCUAGAGGGAUCCAAAUGGUUGGAGUUGGGCUGGAUGCGUGGUGUCUCAGAGACGCGUUAACAAACGCGGUCAAAGAGGCUGAAAAACGCGCCGUGAGCACGUAG